AUGGGAACACAAGUGUUUGUUAAUAUAGCAUCCAUUGCAAGUGGUUUAGUUAUUAUUGUAUCAUUAAUUAUUGCUGGUAUCUUAUUGCAAGAUAUUAAUAGUUUUUAUUAUGAAGUAUUAGAUGAUAUGGAUGAAUUUAAGGUAUUAGCAAAUGAUGCAUGGGAUGAAAUAAUGAGUGUUCACGUGAAUCAUAAUUCACCUAUAUCCAAAAAAGAAUCAAUCGCAUUUUUGUUUGGUUCAAAACCACGUCAAAAACGUCGUGCUAUCUGUGCAUGUGCUCUUCAAGCUGUAAAUUGUCCACCAGGACCACCUGGACCACCAGGAGAUGUUGGUUUACCAGGAGAACCAGGUGAAAAUGGUAAGGAUGGUAAACCAGGACCAAAUGGUAUUGCUAUAUCAACCGGUGAGAAAACACGCGGAGGUUGCAUUGCUUGCCCACCUGGACCACCCGGACCUCCAGGUCCAGCAGGGCAAGCAGGACCACCAGGUCCAGCUGGAAUACCAGGUAGACCGAGCAAUGGUGGCGGUAUAGGACAACCAGGACCACCGGGACAACCUGGAGAUGUCGGGAGAGCAGGUCUACCGGGAAAAGAAGGAUUACCUGGAGCACCGGGAUUACCAGGAAUUCAAGGACGUGGUACUCCAGGACCAAAAGGAGCACCAGGUCCAAUUGGUCCAGCCGGAAAUGCUGGUGCGCCUGGUGAAAAUGCUGGACCUGGUCCAGUAGGUCCACCAGGACCUCCGGGACCACAUGGACAACCAGGUAUUGCUGGAACACCUGGACAACCCGGAGAGCCUGGAGCACCUGGUGUACCAGGCAGUGAUGCAGCUUACUGUCCUUGUCCACCACGUUCCGCUAAAACCGCAGCUAUUCAUGAAAUGGAACCAUCCUAUCGAAAUUAUAAUGAAGAGGGUGCUACUUAUAUUCGACGACAUCAUCGAACUCGAAAAUCCAGAAAAAUGCUCAAACAAGUUCAAUGA